AAAUGUCACAGCAAGAUCUUGGCUUUGCGCAGAGAACACUGCGGCGGUGAGCAGGAUGCUUUGGAUUGCGCCUCUGUAGUCUCGUAAAUGGGACUUCACUGUCUCUUUGUUCAAGUACAGAGCUUGACAUAAUAUAUUCGUCAAUUUAUCAGCAGCGGGGAGGACGCAAAUGUUGUAGCGGUCAGAAAUCCACAGGACAACAAAAUCUCGAGGAGAAGCUAUUUGGCAGGGAGCAUAGACAUACAAAGCUUGUGGGGAUCACUCAAAGGCAUCUUGUGACGCUCUGUUCUGAGAGGCUCCCUCAAGAGUAUAUUUGAGGUUUGGCUUGAGGAACAUAUACCAUGAACACUAGGGCGGGUGUCGUGCCCUAGUUCUGUAAAGGGAGGCCACUGCAUUGGAGCCGGGGGAAGCUACACACGAUGCAGGAGGCAGCUGUCAUGCCAGAUCUUCUGGCAGGCCAUCCACGCUACAGGAAAUUGAAUGAUCUCAAUGAGGGCACCUUUGGCGUCGUGAUGCUCGCACUUGAUAUAACCACAAAUGAGCAGGUGGCCAUCAAACUUCUGGAGAGGGGUGCAGGUAUCAGCCGAGGCGUGGUCCGCGAGGUGCUGAAUCACCGUCUGUGCGUGGCGCACCCAAACAUAGUGCAGUUCCGUGAGAUCUUCCUCACAAACAAGCACCUGGCGAUCGUGAUGGAGUACGCGAGCGGCGGCGACAUGUUUGAUUAUGUCAUCAAGAACAAGGGCAGCGGGCCGGGGGAGGGCCUGCAUGAAGAUUUGGCCCGAGGUUUCUUCCAGCAGCUCAUUCUGGCGCUGGACUUCUGCCAGAAACUUGGCAUCGCCAACCGGGACAUCAAACUGGAGAACACACUCCUGAGCGAGGGCCAGCCGCUGCCUCAAGUGAAGCUGUGCGAUUUCGGCUACAGCAAGAACGAAUUUGUGGACUCCCGCCCAAAGUCAGUGAGCGGGACUCCUGACUACAUCGCGCCUGAAAUCCUCCUAAACGACCACUACGACGGCAAGACGGCCGAUAUCUGGUCCUGCGGCGUCAUGCUUUAUGUCAUGCUGACAGCGGUGCUCCCCUUCGCCAAGCGCGGUGACGACCGCGCAAACAACCUCGUGCGGCUGCAGCAGCUCUUCCCGCGCAUCGUUGCCGGUCAGUACCAGCCGCCGCGCCGCGCGAGCGACGCCUGCAAGGACCUCUUGAAGCGCAUGCUAACACCCGACCCCAACAAUCGCAUCACCGCCCCUGAGAUCAUGCAGCACCCCUGGUUUGUUGUGAAUCUGGACCCUGCAACCAUGCAGAUGAAUGCGCAGCUGCUGCAGCGGGCGGUGCCGCCACAGGUGCAAACACCGGAGCAGAUCGAGGCCAUUGUGAAGCAAGCGCGCGUGGCUCAGGCCGCAGUGUCGCCAAACUGGGCCGAGGGGCUUUGA